AUGAAGAAGGAGGCGAAGCAAACGCCGCCGCCAAGCCCAACCGCUGACCAAGAUGGCGCCGGCGACGAUCGGCUCAGCGCCUUGGACGAUGACUUGUGCGAGCUCAUCCUCAGGUUGGCGCACCUCAACGUGAGGGAGCUGGUGCGCACGAGCGUGCUGUCGAAGCGGUGGCGCGGCCUCUGGAAGCGCUUACCUGUCCUGGACUUCUUUGGGUGGCCGGAGUUCAAGUCGGCCGGCGAAGUCCAACAGUACAUUGCCAUCGUCAACGAUGUACUGGAGCAGCGAGCGGGUGCGACAUCGGAAUCGUCAACGAUGUACUGGAGCAGCGAGCGGCUUAAUGUACAUACCUGCGCAAAUGUCCGACUCCCACAUGGAGAAGGUGUCCAGGGCCGGGCCUGGUUAAGCAGCGCAAAUGUCCGACUCCCACGCACCGCGGUGUUCUCAUCACUCAAGGACCUCACCCUCGAAUUCGUGGAGUUAGCAGCAGGCAGUGGCCACCGUCUUGCUCGCCUCUUGUCAUCGGUGUGCUGCCCAAGCUUGCAGAAACUGCGCAUGAUGUGCGUCGACUUGUUGCGCGCCGGGACCAAGGAGCUGGUGCUCGACACCGGUGAGCUCUUGGAGCUGUCCAUGGAGGCCGUUGAGGGGAUGGAGUUGCUGGAACUGAGGACCCCGAAGCUCCUGUAUCUUGAGAUCGACGAGUGCUAUCACGAGUCACUCAGGGUCUCGGCACCGAGGCUCGAGGACCUCACUUAUGUCUGUAACAGAGCCUUCAUCCAUGACCCUUUGCCGCGCGUGUGGCGCUUAAAGAUUGACUUGCUCACCCAUAUGGAGGAUGAUGACGAUGACGGAGAUGCAAAUAGUUCUAGUAUCUGCCUCCUGAAGCGUUGUAGUUCUUCAGUCAGAUGCCUGCUCGUGCAUCCUCUUUUAGUUCCAUCGGGAGAUAAGCGGCAAGCUGACUUGAUCAAAGAUAAGAUACCACAGCUUCCUAAUGUCACGUCUUUGUUGGUUAGCAUUGCUCAUACAUGUGAGUGCCAUUCCUUUGGAGAUGGGGUCGCAGGUCUCCUCACAAGAUUCAAAAAUCUCGAAUAUCUCAGUCUACAGUCAGAUAUCUGCCCUAAGACGGAUGAAUAUUACUCAGCAGAUGAUGUAGACUCAGCUUUCACCUGCAACCAUCCAGACCACUGGGAAUCAAGCAAUAUCUCUCUAGCUAACCUCCGCAAAGCAGAUUUCAGGGGAAUGACUGGAACUGGCUGUGAACUCCGCUUCUUGCGGUUCGUGCUCGCAAACGCCACAGAUCUUCAAAGUGUGACUGUAAGCUUCAACUUGUACUUCAUUGAAGAAGAACUACAAGACAGCUGGAUGCAUUAUUUUCUGCAUACACUGCUCGGAGAUGGAAUGUGGACCACCUGUGAGAAUGAGGAUCAGGAUUUUGAGAAGCUGUAUAAGUGUAGUAGCAGUGCUGAACUGCUGAAGACAGCUGUGCUCAGGCACCGAAAUCUUCAGAUCUGA